CUGUGUCCCUGGGACACAGCAGAUCACUGAUCAAUGUUUAGAGCUGAACUCGUCGGCUCUGUGAUGUGAUCAGCUGUGUCCAAUCACAGCUGAUCACAUGGGACAUGUACACUGAUCAUCAGGGCACUGAUGAUCAGUAUGCCCUGAUGAUCAGUGUAGCCCCAGCAGUGCCACCUGUCAGUGCCCAUCAAUGCCACCUGCCAGUGCCACAUCAAUGCCACAUAUCAGUGCCUACCAGUGCACAUCAAUGCCACAUAGUGCCCAUCGUAGCUACCUUUUAGUGCCACCUAUCAGUGCUGCCCAGUCAGUGCUGCCAAUCAGUG